AGUUAAUGUUAGUAUAGAUCUUUAGUCCACACUCCAGAUCAGUGGGUGGCGGUAAAUGCACCCGAAAGUUGUUUGCCAACCGCCAAUAAAAUCAAGAGAAGAAGAAGAAGAAGAAGAAGAAGAAGCCUCAUGUGCUUCGAAAACGACCAUCACUACCGCAUACGCCAUAGAGUUAUUUUGUUAUUUCAGAAACGCAACCGUUACAUUUUAAGGGCUUCUGUGGCAUAAUCAAGCACAACAAUGUAUGUAUUUUAUCUGUGUGGCUGGCAGUAGAUGAAGAUGUUGGUGCUGACUGUUCUCCUGUUGCAGAUUACGUCACUGAAGCCCCCUCGUGACACAACAAGUGUGUUUGGUGCUGAUGAUGUUACGGUGUCAGUGAUGAUGGGAGAAUCUGUUACUCUACCCAUUAAACCUGGUGAAAUAAAUGAAAGGCUGCAGUGGAAGUAUAAAAACAGUAUUAUUGCAUCUUUUAAUGUACGAAAUAAAGAUAUCCCAGCAGUCUACCCUAAUGAGAGAUUCACAAACAGACUGAAUGUGGACCCUCAAACUGGAUCUCUCACCGUCAAAAACAUCAGAUCUGAAGACACUGGAGAAUAUCAGCUGGAGAUCAAAACCAGCAGAACGGCAGACUACAAGCUAUUCAGGACAUUCAGUGUUACUGUUAAUGAUCAAGAGAUCACGGUGUCUGCAAUGAAGGGAGAUAAUUUGUCUCUACCAACUGGUGUUAAAAUACAGCCAGAUGAAAUGAAGUGGAACAUUAAUGGCACUGAUUUAACUGCCAUGAGCGUGAAUCCUCAGACAGGAGAGCUAUACAUCGGAAACAUCAGACCGCAGCAAUCUGGAAAGUAUGAUGUGCAAAUCUACAGCAGAGAUUCAAUUUUACAAAGAACAUUCCGUGUUAACGUCAAUGUUGAAACUUACUUUUCACUGACGUGAAUCCUCAAUUCUGUUAUCUAUGAUUGUCUGAUCCAUGAGAACACUUUGUUCAAGCAUGGCUUAUACAUGUACCGAUCCGAGGGAGGUGAACGGCACAGAUUUUUUUCCCCAAAAAUAGGGUUAUGAAAGCCUGUGUGGUAACAUGUAAGCUCUCCAAUACUCAGAUGUUGUUUGGAAUGUUGACUGACUGUAAAUUUCAAUCCUUAAUUUGCAUGUUUAAUUUGAGUGUUUUCAAGUAUAGUACGUUUAUUUUGAACAUUUAAAGGGCUGUAGAAAAUAAAAGUUAGUGUUUGCUAAUA